AUGGCCAUUGAAUCGCCAAAACGCAAACGAGGUGAUGAAAGUCCAGGAGGAGCCGGCAAGCUGACACCCUAUCCUAUCCUGCAGUCGGAUCUGCAGGUCAGAGAGGAAGGCAGUCCCAAAACGGCUGUCACAAAGGGCUUUCAGAGAUUACAGAUUCAACAAAUCGAAAAUUACGAAGCAGAAGAUGCUGACGAGCGUGAACGGAAACGAAGAGUCUGUUCAGCUGAGGAGAUUGACGAAACUCCUACAUCGUCUCCGACGCCUUGCCCCGCCCCGGAGACUACUGGGGUCCACGGGAAAGCUGAGAGUGUGUCUCCAGCAGUACCGUUCACUUUUACCCACACAGAUUCGCUGCCAGGCCCGCCUAAUACAGACACUCGACCCAAGUCGCCAGUGAUGUCCAACGAGGUCAACGAGGUCAACGAAUUUUACUGGCAUGAUUCCGAGAUUACGGGACACGAUCCAGUCGAUCCGAUGGAUGAUGGCUAUGGUAUCAAUGGAAUUGGCUUCAAGCCUACGCCAGCGAUAGCCUUCCAGCGCUCACAGCGGCGGAAGCAGCAGCUCAUUGAGUACCGGAAUCGUGAAGCCAGAGAGGCUAGGCAGAGACGCAGCGAACGAAGGAGAAUGGGGUCCGCAGAGGUCCAAGACACAUCGGUAUCAGACGAAAAUAACAAGACCAGAAUUCAGGUCCGAUUCGAAGAUGGGUAG